AUGGCUCUGAUGCUCAGCGGCUCACUGACGCUGCUUCUAUCGCGGCCCGCGUGCUGCCAGCACACCAGCCCACUUGAGAGACAGACGGCAACUCUUCCAACGAGGCCUGUCGAUGUUCGCCGGGACCCGGAGGCCCGACGAGCCUUGCUGGCCACGGCAGCAAGCAGGACGGCCCGCCGAGGUUGGAAUGUACCGCAAAACGCUGCCUUCACUGAGCAAGCAGCCGCUCUGGAUGACUGGCUGGAUGACGACGUGGAUGCUCCAGCCGCGGAGAUUCCACCACUGGGCCUAUCUUUCGGUGCCAACGGCUCCAAGCUGGCAGAUGCCCCGCUAAAGGGCCUGCUCAAGAAGUGGCCACUGCCGGAUUUGAAGAACUCCCUGGCAGUCGCCUUGAUGGACGAGCAUCGCUAUGAGGAGGCAGCGCAGGCAUUGAGGGAGGCCGUAUCCCUGGCACCCGACCGCCCGGAGCUCCACUACAACCUGGGAACGGCCCUGAGCGCUCGGAGCCUCCAUCAUGAGGCCCUGGUCGCCUAUGAGGCAGCGCUGGCGCUGAGAAACAAGUUUCCGGCUGCACACUUCAACUUGGCGAGGCGCCACACCUGCUCCGCAGCUUCUCAACAGACGUCGCCAGAGUCGCCGCUGCCACGUCGCCGCGCCACGUUGGCAGCAGUGGCGCAGCAGCUGGGGGAGGUGGAGGACGUGGCACUUGGGGCUGAGAAGCUGGGACAUGGGUGGUCCAGGGCGCAGGUGGUGCUCCUGGUGCUGCUUGAAUGCCACAAGUUUCAAGAUGCUUUCAAGUUCAGAAAGACUCACCGUUAUGCAGAGUUGGCUGACAUUGUGCUUGAGAUAAUGAUGUUUCAGGGAAUCAGCCGAGUUGCAGGGUUUCGCACGGGCUGCCAAGUGAGGUACACUCUGGCACGCAUCGUGGCAAAUCUGUGCGUGGUUCCUGCACCGGUAGAGCAGCUUCGAAGCCAGCAGCUUGGAAGCCCAGGCGUCGAUGAGAGGAUCGUUCGGACAAUCGAUGCGGUUGCGAGACCUGUGGUUACAGGGCUUGGCGUCUACUGCUUCCUCUGCAACAAGACCCGUUUUUCGGAGAAGUUGCGGCUGCAUGUUUGGAGCAGGAGGACGAUUUUCUGCCUGGCUUGCUGUGUAGCUGACCAAAGCGUGUUGCAUGUCUUUCUCCAAGGACGUUCUGCUUAUAAGAUGACUGUGAUGAGUUGUUUAAUAUGGGAGACCGUGUGCAAUGCCUUGCAGGUUUACAUGACAAUCUUGAAGCUCAAAGCUUUGGGUUGGGGCUUCACGGCCCGGAGCUGCGAGGUUCUUCUCGUGAUCUCUUUUGCUUGCUUGGCUCCUGGGUGCGUUACCGUCAUGAUCUUUGGCGGCAGUUGGUUGACUUAUAUACUCAUGUGGAGCUCUUUCUUCACUUUCACCUUGACUUCUCUUGUGCAGAGCUUGGCGCUGUGCUCCGCAGCCACCCGUGCUUUGCUCCGUGGUGGGAGUGAUGAAGCCAUUCGAUGCUCGGCGUACUGCUUGAUGAAGUUUUUUUUUUUUGCUGUGUGGGUGGUGUCAAUUGAUGUGGGCCUCCAAGUGCUUGCCACCCUUUUGCUGAGCGGCUUGAUUGGCCCGAAAGGCUGGGAUCGGCCCAUGGAAGCCUUCCGCAGACUGGGGCACCUCUCGGGCUUCGGCUUGGCAUCGAGUCGGAUCGCUUUUCCGGGCAAGAUCAACGCAAGAGCCACGCAAUGCAUCGUAUCUUUUCCGGGAAAGUAUAGCGCCCAGUGGGACAAUGCCGUGGCCAACGUUCAGCAGUUUGAGGACUGCUCUUUGGCCUGCGUAUUCUUAACCGACAAAGCUUCAGGCUUGGGGCGCCACACUGACAACCCCGACACGCCAGGGCAAUGCUGGUGCCGGAUGAUUUACGGAGAGUUGCCGGCAGAGACGUAUCUCAGCGUGGUGGACUUGAAGGAUGACUCUGAUGGAGUUCUGACCAAAGAGAAGCCUUGCCGCGUUUGUUGCUUCGGUUUGGACAUGUUUGAAGCUCUGUGGGGUGUAGGCAACAUUCGGCGUUCACUGCAAGGCAACAAAGCAGGUUCGAAGCUGGCCUUCAAAAAGGCGGAUGCCGACGCCAUGGGCCAGGUCCUGGUGAUCAAGGACGACCAGCCGCAGAUGGAAUGGGAGGCCGAGUUGUCGCUUGCACUGAACGAUGCAGAGGUCCGAUGCAAGGAAAACCGAGGAAGAGCCCCAUGGGGAUGUCAGUGGUUUGAGGGGUGGAGGAUCAACGUGGAUGCAGCUGUCAGAGCAGGGCAGACGCUGCACGUGUUUUACUUUGAAGGCAAAAAGGGCCAUGGCAAGCUGCCGUGGGAGAAGCUGGGCAGUGCAAAGGACAGGGCGAACGCCCGGAAGGACACUGGACUUGGCGCCUCACAGACGGCGGAAGUGGCGUACCUGGAGAAAUUGGGAAUCAAGUAUGAGGAGCACGAUAUCAACGAGUUCGGCAACUUCCUGCUGAUGCCACAUGGAGCACGUGCAGAAGACGCCUGA